GCCGGCAGCGUGGGCUGCGGUGCCUGAGACCCGGGGAUGGCGGCGUUGGCUGCGCGCGCGGGUGGGCUUCUGCGGCUCCGAGCUGCGGGAGCGGAGCGGCGGUGGUGCGGACUGCGCGGCGCUGGGCGGGUGCAAGGCUUCCUGCAACCCGGAGGCGAGGACGCGGCCCAGAAGCGGCGGGUGGCCCACUUCACCUUCCAGCCGGACCCGGAGUCCCAGCAGUAUGGGCAAACUCAGAAAAUGAACCUCUUUCAGUCAAUAACAAGUGCCUUGGAUAACUCAUUGGCCAAAGACCCGACCGCAGUAAUAUUUGGUGAAGAUGUUGCCUUUGGUGGAGUCUUCCGAUGCACUGUUGGUUUACGAGACAAAUAUGGAAAAGAUAGAGUGUUUAACACCCCAUUGUGUGAACAAGGAAUUGUUGGAUUUGGGAUCGGGAUCGCAGUCACUGGUGCUACGGCCAUUGCGGAAAUCCAGUUUGCCGACUACAUUUUCCCCGCCUUUGAUCAGAUUGUCAAUGAAGCUGCCAAGUACCGCUACCGCUCUGGCGAUCUUUUCAACUGCGGGAGCCUCACCAUCCGGGCCCCAUGGGGUUGUGUGGGCCAUGGGGCUCUCUACCAUUCUCAGAGCCCUGAAGCCUUUUUUGCCCAUUGCCCAGGAAUCAAGGUGGUUAUACCCAGAAGCCCUUUCCAGGCCAAGGGACUGCUAUUGUCAUGCAUAGAAGAUAAAAAUCCAUGUAUAUUUUUUGAACCUAAAAUACUUUACAGGGCAGCAGUGGAACAGGUCCCAGUAGAACCCUACAAGAUCCCCCUGUCUCAGGCUGAAGUCAUCCAGGAAGGCAGUGAUGUGACUCUGGUUGCCUGGGGCACUCAGAUGAAGUCUCUUGGUGCUGAUGAUGUUCAUCCCCACCUCCAACUUUAUUCAGGUGUUCAUGUCAUCCGGGAAGUGGCUUCCAUGGCACAAGAAAAGCUUGGAGUGUCUUGUGAAAUCAUUGAUCUGCGGACGAUUGCGCCUUGGGAUAUGGAUACAGUUUGCAAGUCUGUGAUCAAGACGGGGCGACUGCUGAUCAGUCACGAGGCUCCCUUGACCGGCGGCUUUGCAUCCGAGAUCAGCUCCACAGUCCAGGAGGAAUGUUUCUUGAACUUAGAGGCUCCGAUAUCUCGAGUAUGUGGAUAUGACACCCCGUUUCCUCACAUCUUUGAGCCGUUUUAUAUCCCAGACAAAUGGAAGUGCUAUGAUGCUCUUCGCAAGAUGAUCAACUAUUGACCACAGAGAAAACCUGGAAGAUUAUGACUAGAUGUGGACUAUUUUUCUGAUUUUUUUUAUAUUUCCUUAGACUUCUUUCUGCUUACAUAUAAUUUUAUGAAAUGAACUAUCAUGGAUAUUGGCUGAUGAGCUGCAAAUUGCCUAUGGUGUUAAUAUAAGUGGAUUGGGGGACUGAAUGAGUUAAGAGUGACACUUUAAAGAGCACCAUAAGCGGGGGCCUUAUGAUUGCUUCACAGCUAUAAAUAUUGAGUGGUGUUAUAUUCAAUAAAGCAAAAUCACAUCGCCUUAA